AUGGCACCGCUUUGGAGACGUGUGUGCCCUGAUUUGGUUGUUGUCCGCCAGCAGGAGGCAGCUGAUGCUACCAUCUACAUACUUCGAGAUAUUGGACCCACUGGUUUUUUGUUAAAAGAAGAAAAUGAUCAGAAAGUUCAAAAGGUAUUAAUUGGCGAAAGACACACAUGUAGUUGUACAAAUUUUAUGAAAAACAGUUCGGAACUUUGCAAGCAUCUGUGUUGGAUACUGUUGAAAAAAUUCAAAUUAUCGCCAUCUGAUCCAGUAUCUUGGCAACUCGGUCUCUGCGAAAGAGAUGUCAACAUGUUGUUAAAAAAUGCUAAAUCAAAAAGCAGAACGUCUAAAGACUUAAAAACAGAAACAUUUAAAUCAGAAAUUAAACCCAAGCUGAUUGAACAAAGAGAAAUAACAGACGAGGAUUCUUGCCCUAUAUGCCAAGAAGAUUUGCUUGGUAGUCCUCAAAAAAUUACUUUUUGCAGAUAUGGUUGUGGCAACAGUGUUCAUGUCAAGUGCAUGAGAGUUUGGGCUGCCCACAGAAAAGUAGACAGUACUGUUGAAUGUCCUUUCUGUAGAACAGACUUUGGUCCAAUUACAUUGCUUAAUGAAUCAAAGUAUAGAUUGUUUGGACCUCGAUUGACUAACUACCAAAAUCACAUGAUGGAACAUUCCAGAACCUACUGCCACUCCUGUGGUGCAUCUCCAAUAAUAGGGAAAUGUUAUAAGUGUGACUUUUGUGAUACGGACUUUUUUUUAUGUCAGCCAUGCUUCAAGACAGAAAUUCACGGCGAGCAUCAAUUUGUCUACAGAGCUAAAAUGAAUCAAAGAUGGCAGCCUGUCUGCAAUAGAGACUUCAUAAUAAAAUUGAGAUCACUUCAUUUAAAUGAUAUAUUGACGAGAGAUAUUGUUGAUGCCGAUUAUGAUACCUUACUGCUUCAGCUGUCAACAGGCACAUACAACUCAAACACUGCUGCCAACGAUCUACAAGAAUGCCAUCUCAUCUCAUUUCCAACUCGACGACUGAAAACCAAUGAUCCUCUGCUCAGUCAAUCAAAUAAUAACAAGGGUGGCUGCCUAUGUAAAAUUUGUAACAUAGUUUUGAAAGAAGGACACGAGGUUAGGAUGGUCCCAUGUUGCAAGACAUGGUUCCAUAGAGAAUGCAUUGAUGCCUGCAGCAGUUCAGAUAAUUCUAGUAAGAGCAACGCUAGAACCGAAAGAGCCAAAAAAUGCAAGUUAUUUGGAGGGGGUGAUGAUGCUAGCAGCAUUAAAAUUCGAGGACUGAACAUUAAAAAAACGUUCAGUGAUGACUUUGGUGGCGGUGACGAUGAUGAGGAAAACGGUGAUACAAUUUUCGAGAAUUUGUAUCCAUAUGCAUCUAGAUACAAUAGAUAUAAGGAAAAAUGUAACAUCUCAUUGAAAUCAAGACAUGCAUCUCUGGACAGUACAGCGCAAAAUCAGGCUCCACUUAACUUCAAACUGCAGAACAGAAUGACAACAGCAAAACGACACUUCCUACCAAAACUGAUUCGUGAUAACCAAAAUACGUUAAGUAACAAGAAUCUUCUCAUUAAAUCUGCACACAGUAGCAGUGCCAAAAGCAGUAGCUCACUUCUAUUAGAACCUACCCCAGUGAGAGGAAAGUCGGAUGACAUUAACUCUGACAAUGUAAUCGACAAUAAUAAUAAUAACAAUAGCAAUAUUAAUAACCUUAACAAGUAUGUAAAGCUAAAUGCCAUCAAAAGAGAACACAGCUGGCCCACAAUGGACAAAAGCAAAAUUGCUUAUAUUAAUAACAAUAACAACAGUAACGAUCGAAUUAUUAGGAAGAAUGAUGUCAAUGAGAGAUCAGAAACCAGUAACCAGUUGAAUAUACAACGAGAUGUUUUUCCUAAAGUAUCAACUGCCACUAACGUCAGUCAGAAAACUAAACUUCACAACAACAAUCCCACCCUGAAUAAACAUUAUACAUACGCCAUACAUACAAACACGCCAGUUCUUUAUGAAGAAGAUGAUGAAAAUAAAGUGGAAAUUGCUAAUGAUAACAACAAUGAUAAUUUAAUUGUCUGCAAAACCCAAUCAGCAGUGAUUGACUACGAAGCAAGUGAUGAUGAUUAUAACGAGUGUGGUAGUCACGACCUAAAUCAUAAUACGAAAACAUCUAGGGAUGAAAAAUUAACUUAUAAAGAUAGUAGUUGCUGAUGUUUUGUGGUGAAAUUUUAAUAAAUACGAGUUCAUGUAUUACAUUAUCAUUACUAAAAAAAACUAUAAUCAGUCUAUUUCUUCAAUAGUAGAACAAACAAAACUAUAAAUAAAAUAAAACAAAUAUAAAACAUCAUGAAGUAAAAUGGAAAAAGUUAACUGCUAGAUCGUGUCAUUGUGAAGAGAUAAAAGUUUGAGGUAAGAAUUAAAAAAAUAAAAUAAAAUGGAAACCGUAAAACAACGAAUAUUAAACAACAGUGUCAAUGAGUCCUAGAUGUAAUCAAUAUAUGCAUAUCAGACCAGUAUAUUCUAAUGAUAAUGUCAUACAAACUAACGAACAAAAUCAUUAUUCAAAAAUGAGUUAGUCAGUUUGUUGUGAUGCAUCGUUUCCUACUACAUCAAUGUUGUCAUUAAAGGCUUGUGUUAUUAUUCUCUG